AAACGAAAGUGGAAAGGGGAAGACGGGUUGGCCUUCCAAAACCGCGUCGCAUCGUAAACGCGAUUAAACGGUUCGAAGAUUACCGCGAUUACCGAUAUUGUCACGAUAUCAGCGCCACGUUAAACACACUCCGACCACCCCCUCGCCGCGGCGCGUGCGCGUGCGUUCAUGCGCGCAUACGUGUGCAACGUCGCUGCACGUUUGUGGUGCAUACAUACAAGUCGUCGGACUCGUCGGAGGUGGUGUAUACAGGGACAGGGGGAUCGUCGGAAACGUGCGAUCCCGAUCCAAAUUCUCCGUGCGUAUACGCAAGUGUCAGCGAUUUCUCCGCUUGGGAAACGCGGAGGCGGUUCGGGCUGUACGAGAAGGCGCCCGGCACGAAAAUGAGGGAGGCCGGGAUUAUGCUGAUAAGUACCGCGCUAACGUGCGUCGUUAUCGGCAAUGCGUACUAUCAGAGAAAACAGUUCUAUCCGACCGUCGUUCACAUAACCAAAUCCAAUCCGAGUAUGACCGUGAUCUACACGCAAGGGUUCAUCCUUGCGUUCAUGAUAAACGCCUUCCUGCGAAAGAUCUUUUUCGGCACCCUACGAGCUGCCGAGCUCGAGCACCUAGUGGAAAAGGUCUGGUACGCCGUGACGGAGACGUGCCUGGCGUUCACAGUGUUCAGGGAUGACUUCAGUCCUAAGUUCAUAGCGUUAUUUACUCUCCUCUUGUUCCUAAAGUCGUUUCACUGGCUCGCGGAGGAUCGUGUUGAUUUCAUGGAAAGAAGUCCGGUGAUAACAUGGUUGUUCCAUCUCAGAGUGGCUACCUUACUAAGUCUUUUGUUCGCCAGCAAUCUAACGAUGAUCAAUUAUGCCUACAAUACAACAGCCACCAAAGGCCCCUCUGUACAACUUGUGUUUGGCUUUGAAUACGCAAUUUUGCUGACUGUUGUUUUUAAUAUCACCGUAAAGUAUGUCUUGCAUACUAUCGAUCUGCAAAGCGAAACUCCCUGGGAUAACAAACCAGUGUUCCUGUUGUACACAGAAUUGAUUAUUGGCAUAUUGAAGGUUUUCCUCUACGUUGCCUUUGUGACCUUAAUGAUAAAGUUAUUUACAUUACCCCUAUUUGCAUUGCGUCCCAUGUAUUACACAAUGCGAGACUUCAAGAAAGCGUUUCACGACAUUGUAAUGUCACGAAGAGCUAUUAGGAACAUGAAUACCCUAUAUCCAGACGCGACAACCGAGGAACUGGCUGCCGCUGAUAACGUUUGCAUUAUAUGCCGAGAGGAGAUGGUCACAGCUAGUAAAAAAUUGCCGUGUAAUCACAUCUUCCAUACCGCGUGUUUGCGUUCUUGGUUCCAACGUCAGCAAACGUGUCCGACGUGUCGUCUGAACAUUUUGAGGCCUACGCCGAGCAACGUACCGCCUAGACAGCAAAAUCCUCCCCAGCCUGGACCUCAGGUACCUCCGCAACCUCCACAAGCGCCUGGUGUCAACCCCAUUGGACCACCCUUUCAUUUCCCAUUAUUUUGGGCGGGAUUACCAGCUCCAGGUAUGCCACCACAACAGCAGCAGCAGCAACAACCACAACAGCAGCAGCAGCAACAGCAGCAACCUCCAAAUAAUGCUGGAAGUACUUCCUCCCCACCUCAAAAUCCGGUACCACCUACUGGAAAUAUCCCGCUUUUUCCACCGCUAUUUCCUACUAUAGUACCGUUACCACCUAUUCCCGUACCGCCGCCAAAUUUAAUCGAAUUGAGCGAAGAGGAGCUCAGAGCGAUGGAAGGUAACUUGCGCCAAGCCGUCGAAGCCAGGAUACAAACGCUACAAAGAAUACAACUUUUACUAGACGCAGCCAAUGCAAUGAUGAAUCAAUAUCAAACAGCAGCUGCUACCGCCAACAUUCCCGUGAACAAUAAUCCUGCAAGUACAAUCGACAGUACAUCGGACAUGUCCGCGAUGGCAAAGCCAGGGCCAAGCGGUACGGCAAACACAAAUACUGAAAUCAAUAGCGAUAGUUCUCAAGUUAAAGUAGAAAACACUCCUACUCCGAGUACGUCGAAGGAAAACGCUUCGGCACCGAGUAUACCGAAGGAAGAUGCUUCAAUAUGUAACGACGUAGAUUUAUCUAGGACUGAAUCUUCGAGCGAACAAGAAAUACUGCGCAAACGUAGGUUACAAAAAUUUUCACCUCCACCAACAGAGUAAAAAAUAAAAUUGUGUGAUAAUUUAACAUUGUAACAUAAUAGUUUUUAACUUGGUUUAUUGUCGGCCUCAAUUAACGCGAGCGGUCAAUAAUUGAGGACUGUAAGAACUAAAGUUUGGAUUUUCUGAUCGGUACGAGAGAGAGAGAGAAAGAAUAUUUCAUUCGGUCAAAUUACGGGGGUUAAUGGGUUUUAAACAUGGAUGAAACUAAUUUGUAAAGACAUCUCUAGCGAUUAUUAAAUCCAGGAUUUAGUAACAACCGAGACUGAAAGCUUGAGACUCAAAUUACAAACUGAAAUUAUAUUACCAACAAUCAUAAUCAUAUGGGAGAAUGAUUUUAUAGGAAUGACAAUUUUUUUUGUCUUUCUUUUUGUAAAUUAUUGCCAGAGUAUAUACGGAGUACAACAAAUUAAUUCCAUUGACGUUAUAAUUUUCAGAUUUGUAAAUGUGUUUACCUGUAUAUACAUAUAAUUACAGAUUUUCUUGCUUCUCUACGUAACCUUUACAGCGUGAGAGUAUUUCUUAUGAAACUACAUGAAACUUUAAAAUUAAUUUAAUAUUCUUUGCAUAAAAAUGUAUUUGAGUAUCUUUAUCCCUAAGCUUUAAUAUAUGGAAAUUUCUUAUGUACAUUUAUAAUUAUAUUAUCAUGUAAAUAUGCUAUAUGCUA